AUCUCGUCGCCCCUCGCUCCGGUCGAGUUAAAGCGUCGGGGUGUUGGGGUAUCUCCUACGAUUGCUUGGCGUCGGCUAUCUGCGACGCUAAGUAACAUGCCAGCCUAUCCUCACACUCAAUCUCAUUGGAAGCAUUGGGUCAUCUUGCUGUUUUGGCCUUGGCGGAGUGGUAUGGGUUGGGAUUCUGCCAUGAAGGAGACUCUCUGCCACCUCAUAGCCCCAGCAGAGUAUCGUCAACUCGGCUCAGCAGAAGCACAAAUGCCUACCUACGUGAGAUGCCGCAGGAGGAAGCAACGGUGCGACCUUCGCUAUUUAAAAUGUCCAAGUUGUGAGGCCGUUCGUGUGCUGUGUCUGGCCUACGAUAGUGAGAAGCGCACUGAGGUUCCGCGUAAUUACGGAUCGAUCCUCGAGGAGGUCGGGAGGCCCAAGUUCGAACUCGACGAGCUCAGGAGACACCGCACGUCGAAGGCGAUGGUGCUCGCAUGCGUCAAGGCCGACAUCGCGAUUCUGGCAUCGCAAAGUCGUGCCAGGGGUUCGCUUCGCAUGGCAGCGCCGCCGUCUAGCAUCUCCUCCUCUCUUCCUCCCCGCCACGCGGCUAGCACAUCUCAGACGUCUACUUCUGCUACUGAACGCCGCACGCGCCCAUAUUGACGCGAUCUUAAGUCGGGGAGGUCUUGGGACACAUUUACGACGCGUUUGAACCGCCGUACUCGGACUUUUCUGGAGUCGCCGACAGAGAUCUAUUCAUCGCCAACAUAUUUUUCCCCGUCGGACUCUAUAGUCUGCCAGUGACAGCGGGGGAUAGACCUCCUCGGAGCGAGGAUUGCUUUAAUUCGGCUCUGCAGUGCCUCGAUAGGUUGCUCUCAUACUCGCCCAGCGUUCUCGAGACCCUGACCGUAGUCCUACUUCUAGCCUAGUAUAUUCCUCUAAAUCCGUGUAAAGGAAACCUGUAGCAACUGAGCAGUACAGCGCUGCGCUUAUGUAUC